AAUAGUACUGUCAGCUCAGCGUUAUUGCACGUCAGUCAGUCUCGAGAAAGCAACCGUGCUAAUUUUCAAGUUGAAGUAUUUUGUUUUCCGAAUCUUUAUAGUCCAAACAUUCAAAGCUUUCAGGAGUGUGUAGCAAUUGUGGGAUUAAUUACCGUUUCAUUAGAAUAAUCCUUCUAAUCAACUGGCUUAUAAAUUUGCCCGAUUGACCUCGAAUGGACCAGUCGACAGAAUAACUCGAGUGGUUGGAGAUGGCAAAAUGUGUAAUUAUACUGACCGGGGCAGCUAUUUGCCUGGUGCAACUGCUGAGUAACGUUGAAGGAGCAGGACUUCGAAAUGGCCCCGUAAGCCUGUACGAGCAACAUUUAUUCAAACGGCAAGCCGCCCAAAGUAGUGACAAUGAGGAAAACACAGGCCUCUAUGAUAAGAACGACUCAGUCAUCUCGCUGAAUGCGGCCAAUCUGAAGGUCAAGGUAUUUGACCAACCAUAUGCUUCCAUGGUAGAGUUUUACAACUCUUACUGCGGUUUCUGUCGCCGGUAUGCUCCCAUAUGGAAGCAGUUUGCCAGCGACAUCCUCGGCUGGCAACGGCUCGUCAAGGUUCAGGCAAUUGAUUGCUCUCGGGACGAUAAUAACGCGAUCUGCAGGGAGUUCGAGGUGAUGGCCUAUCCGACAAUUCGGUUCUUCGCACCGUACUACCAGAAUGGCACGCAGAAUAUAGGUGAACCAGUAACGGCUCACGCAGAAGCCGAGCUAACGAACGCUCUGGUUGAGCAUAUGCAAAAUGUAACCAAUAAACCUCCAGGCUGGCCCGACUUCAGGCCUAUAGAAGACAGCGAUCCAAGGCAGGAUCUUUUUCACGUCGCAGAAUCCGGAGCCGCUCCGCCUAAAUACGCUUACAUAGUCAACGAAAAUGAACCGAACGAAACCACGGUAGGCAGUCAGGUCAUUCUAGACCUACUGGAUACACAACUGGUCGUGGUGAAACGAGCCAAAAAGAAAUCAGAACCCAGUGGACUGAAAGCUAUCAUCGGGGAAACAAUGACCGAGAUCAAGUUACCGAUCGACGAGUUCAGUCGAAGUAAGGUGACGGCCACGAUUCGGAAACAUUUAAACGAGCAUCAUAUUAGAGUGACGGAGGUGGCCACAAAGGCGAACAAUAAGGAACAUACAUCCGAGCAGAACAUCGCCGAAGUGAUGGAGCAAAUGCAGGAGGAAGCGCUUCGUGAAAAAAUCAAACAACUUGGGCCAGCUGUAGUAUAUCAAGCUGAUCUCGAAGAGGUUCUUAAGUUUGCACUUUUCCACGAAGUACCACGCUUCAAAAAAAUCGAUGGCGAGCGACUGUUGGCUUUGCAAAGGUUUAUGAACGUCCUUGUGCGUUAUUUCCCACUGAAUGACAACGGGAUGAAGUUUCUGAAGGAGGUUCGUCAGUACGUGUUAAAUUCAGAAACAGAGGUAGUUGCUGAAGAAUUCGCAAAUCAUAUUACUCAGUUGGAGAAAAAUCGACAUCCCGUAUUUUACUCGAUCCAAUGGAUGGGCUGCUCCAGUACCAAGGAUGGACUCCGGCGUUAUCCUUGUGGGCUGUGGACUUUAUUCCACUACAUGACCGUACAAGCUGCGGAAACGGAGAUAUCAACAGAUCCACUGGAAAUUCUACAGGCAAUGCAUGGAUACAUCAAAUAUUUCUUCGGAUGUUCCGAUUGCUCCAAUCACUUCCAACAGAUGGCUGCGCGUAACAAGAUCUGGAACGUCACCAGUAAAGAUGACGCUAUCCUAUGGCUAUGGGCCAGCCACAACGAAGUGAACCGGCGACUGUCUGGCGAUAUCACUGAAGAUCCAGAUCACCCGAAAAUUCAAUUCCCUUCAGUGGAUGCAUGUCCCGAGUGUCGCAAACAGAAACUUACCAACCAUCACAACCACCGCCAGUACACUAUUGACGAUGAGCAGGAAUGGAAUCUGAUUGAGGUGUUACGCUUCUUGAAGCGAGUAUAUGCCGUCGAAAAUCGAAACCAGCUUGGACUCCGGGAGCCAAACUUGCUACCACCUGUACUGGCCUACACCGGUGUGGCCGACGGGUUCUAUUCGAACCGAAGUUUAGGCAGCGUCCUUAGCGAAAUGGACAUUCGAAUGGGGGCACUACUUUACAUAAUGUGCAUUGUUAUGCUUCUGGUGGCCGUCAAAAUGGUGAUCAGACGGCGUUACCGUAAGAAAAUGUACGCACAUGACGUUCUAGGCAAAGUGUAAGAAAACAAAACUUUUUGAAGGUCAAGAAAAAUGACGCUGCUCAGAAACUUUUCAAAACGGAUAUAUUCUCAACCUCAGACCGUAAUCGUUUCGGCGUAAAAUUGAAAAUCCACUAUUUCAAAUAUUUUUUAUCAAUUCCUAGUCUGAUGAAAGGUAACUAAUUAUUCGCGUUGAUGGUGUUGCUGAUAUUUGUUUGGUUUUUGCAUGCGAAAAAGAAGGAAGGAAAUAUUUUUGCUUUUGUCAUCACGCACAUUUUGACAAUUGCAUAUGAGAGUUCACGUAGGUGCGAACAGCCUUCGAAAUCUCUUUCAACGCGAAUAACCCGAAUACGACUACCAAAUGAUCAUUUCUUUCAGUCUAUUAAGUGAGUUCAAAACACCCAAACGGGUGAAAGCAUGUUUGUGAUCUAAGUAGGAAGUAUAAAUAAAUUGUUUUAUUGAAAUAACAACAUUCCAACAGAAGAACGAA